GUGACGUCACGCUUGUCAUAUGAUUCGCGGCCGCUCAGCACUGUGCAGUAGCCGUCGGGUUCCGGGAGUCGGAGCGGCCGAGUCCAGCUGACCUCACCAGUUACCCGCACAGUCCUACCUCCGCGUCCCACGGCGGCACCAUGCUGGCCCUUAUCAACAAGCUGCUCGACUGGUUCAAGUCCCUCUUCUGGAAGGAGGAGAUGGAGCUGACGCUGGUCGGGCUGCAGUACUCCGGGAAGACCACCUUCGUUAACGUUAUUGCGUCCGGCCAGUUCACGGAAGACAUGAUUCCUACUGUGGGUUUCAAUAUGAGGAAAGUGACUAAAGGCAAUGUGACCAUAAAGGUUUGGGACAUUGGAGGUCAGCCAAGAUUUCGCAGUAUGUGGGAGCGCUACUGUAGAGGUGUUAAUGCAGUUGUGUACAUGGUAGAUGCAGCAGACUUGGAUAAAGUGGAAGCAUCAAAAUAUGAAUUGCACAACUUGCUUGACAAACCACAGUUACAUGGCAUCCCUGUUUUAGUACUUGGAAACAAGCGAGACCUUGCAGGAGCACUGGAUGAGAAACAACUUAUUGAAAAACUAAACCUUUCAGCAAUUCAAGAUCGAGAAAUCUGUUGUUACUCUAUUUCUUGUAAAGAGAAAGAUAAUAUAGACAUCACAUUGCAGUGGCUUAUUCAGCAUUCAAAGUCCAGACAUUACUGAAGUUCCACCACCAAACUAUCUUUCCCAAUAUCUUUUCCAUUCUGCUGGUUAUAUAGCGGCAGAAGAAAAUAUCAAGACAGCUGCUAACUGGAAUUCACACAUCUUAUGGAGCAGUGUAUGCAACGUUCAACUGCUGGAUUUUGAUGCUUUGUUUUCGUUCCUCUUUACAUAAAUGGAAAUGUGGUUUAUUGAUCUUUUUUAUAGUCUGCAUUUCUAACCCUUUUAGCACUUGCGUAUAGGACAUAUGUAGAAUUCCCUUUCGGUAGCAUUCAAUGCACAUUUAAAUUUAGCCAUAUGCACUUUGCGGAUGAUAAAACAGCCCUUAUGUAAUAUGGGUUAACACAGAAGUGCAUUUUCCUGCCACUGCAAACUCAAUUUACCUUUUGUGCAGUUACUGCUCGAUUACAUUCAUGAAUACUGGAUUUAUGUAUUGCAUAUAUAUAAGCUACAUGUGCUUCAACUUACCAAAUCCACAUAUAUCUAUCUUUGUAGUAAAAAAACUAAACGAAAACCGAUGAGAUGAACAUGAAUGUGUACGUAUUUGCCUUGGAUAAUUUUUAAUUAUGUUGCUGUAAAUAUUACUAGAACUCAUCAGGGUUGCCUUAAAUAUAUUAUGCAUAAUGGUGUGUGUCUGCCAAAGGUAUUUUCUUAACGUGUUCAAUCAUUGUUGGUAAUUCUAUAGUAAGUUUACAGCCUACUUGGUAUCUUUCCAAUGAAAAGUUCACAUUUCUUUAAUGAAAUGUAAAAAUAGAAAAACAGUCUUGCGUAUGAAAUGAAUUGUAUACUUUUUAUACCAUAUGCAAAUUUUCCAAGUAUUUUCUUCCUUUCUAAUUUCAUAGCUAUAUACUUAAAAAGCUCUUAUUCUUGCCUGUUUUCUUUCACUACCUAAAAUGUUUUCUUUUGGUAUUUUUUGGUUUUGGGGCUUUUUCUUAUUUUUUAUUUUUUUAUUUUUUUCCCCCCAUUUUUUUAUUAAUGGAAAUGACUCCCCGCUAUUUGCAGGUAUUUCCUGCAGAGUGUGGUAAAUUGUGAUGUAAACCUGUAUGGGACUACACAAGGUGACACACAUGUUGGCUCAGCAGACAUGCCACCAGUAUGGAAUAAGCACUUUAGGAGGACAAUGUCCCUUGUCUACUCCAUUGCUCUCCAGGCAGCAGUUAAUACCCACCCUGGAAAUAAAUACAAGACAGUGCAUUCUUUUAUUAUUUGUGGUAUUGCUGUAGUUGUACAAUAUGUGAAUGUAGUGAAAAUGAUUGUCUGUGCCUAUACUCGCUGCUCUGUAACAAGCUGCCCGAAGGCACGAAACUCAGCUCUAUUAUACCAUGGUAAUAAAUUAUGAAGGAUCUUUAUUAAGUAUUGAUGUUUGUCCAUGCAUGUCAACAUCUAUCAAUUGUUACAUUUGGAUGAACUUUGUUUCAAUAAAAAGGUGGAGAGAUUUUCUGUGA